AGACCGCAAAAUCAUCAGAAAGGGGGAUAUGCAGUUGUCUACUCGGUCAUUUUCCAAGGAAAACGAUACGCGUUAAAAAGUCUAAACAUAAACCUGAGUUUUGAUGAUAAAGCAUUCAACCAAUUUAAACGAGAGCUUAAACUUCUUUAUAUGGUUAAUCAUCCUAAUAUUGUAAAAUUUCAUGGAAUUUUGAGGGAUAUUACAAAUGUUGAUAGUAUAUCUAUUGAAAAUAUUCCAAUUGUUAUUAUGUAUCUUACUAAAGGUAAUGGUCUUUCUUUUGAAUUGGCUACAAACCAUAACUAUCCUUGGACAUUAUAUUUUGAAAAAGAUUCUCAUGUUGAAACAAUAGCACCUAAAAAUUUAUCUGAAUUGAUCUAUCAAGAAAUUCGCCAGAAAAAUACAUAUUUCUGUGCUAGUUUUUAUGCUAUUACAAAUUUUUAUCAUAUUUAG